AUGAGCCGCCGCAAUCGGAAGGACGUCGACGAUCUUCUUGCCGAUCUCGACAAUCUCGGCACGGAGCCUACGCCGAGCAAAGCGUCUCGCAAAUCCGCGGACAAACCCACAGCUUCUGGGACAGGCUCGAACGACGUUUCAGCUUCAGCGUCGAAAAAUGCGCCCGAUGAUGCGCAGAGCUUGCUCGAUGAUCUGGAUAGCUUAGUGCAGAGUAGGGCGGCGUCGAGUAGCAGGGCUUCGCUGCGCAAGAAGGAGGAGAGUGCACCUUCGGUAAGCGUCGCGCCAGCGAAUAGUGCCAAGAUCGAGACCGAAUCGAUUACGUCGUCUGUGGUUGCAGAUGCGCCGAUCACUAGUUCAGUGGCAUCGGAGCAAGGGUUGGCCAAGGCGGAGUCGAGCCUGCUAUCCUCGGGAUGGGCCGGUUGGGGAAGCUCGCUCCUCUCUCAAGCAACCAAAAUUGCGGAUCAGGCACGACAAGAGUUUGAAAAGCGAGCACCGAGCCAGGCGGAGCAAGCGCGCGAACUGGGGACCAAAGGUUGGGACUUAGCCAAAGGCGUUCGUGGCUUUGUCAAGGAGGCUGGUCUGGAAAAAUGGGGUGAAGAGGUGACCAAAGUAGGCAAGCGAGGUUGGACCGAUAUCGUCAACGCCGUUGCACCGCCCAUUGCAGCGCACGAGAUCAUCCAAGUCACGCUGAGCCACGACAUGGUUGGAUACGACGGUAUAUCGGAUGUUACUUACCAGGUGCUGGCAAAGGUCAUGGAGCAAGUGAAUUCGAACGCGACCGAUCAACAGUUGAUCGUCAACAAGGCACAGAUCGAAACGCCGGCUUCCAAGCCUAAACCAACCGCGGACGGUUCCGAGCAGGAUCGUGAUCUGAAUGCGGUCGAGGGCUUUGCCGCCGCCUUCAAAUUGGCCAAAGCGAACCUAGAUGAGUGUAUUAAGCAGCACCAAGUGGCUGCUCCUCCGGCGAAGACGACGGCGGAUGCACUGCCGAUUACGACAUGCCCCGUCUUCGUACGCAUCCAGGCAUGCCUCACUGAUCUACCUGGCGAUGCUUUGGCGGAAGCAGACGCAUCGACCAAGACGACAGAGUCCAAGACAUCGCUCUUCUUCUUAGUUCUGCUGCGAGAUCCGCAGCACGGGCUCAGCCACAAGACCGUCUCUCAGGCGGUCCCCACUUCUUGGCUCGAUGUUCCGUUUGAAGAGAACCAAUGGGUCGAAGAGGCGCUUGUUGACGUUCUCUCGAAUGCGCUCAACAUCGUAGGUCAGGACUACGUCCAGGGACGCAUGUCUGGUCGCACAAAGUCGUCCAAGGAAGGGCUGGCUGACGUUGCUACUGACCAGACGGUGAAAAGCUCUGCUGCUUGA